GAGCAGGGGAGUUGUGAAAUGGGCGGCUAGACCUGCCCGUUGCCGUGAAUUCGCCAGCGGGAGCGCGCUCGCGGCCGCGCGAUCUCCGCUUUCCCGGUUCCGUCGCUGACGCGUUGUAGACGUUGGGGAGGGAGGCAGCGGCAGCGCGGAUCAGGAUGAACAGCGCCGGCGGCUUCGGCUUGGGCUUAGGCUUCGGCCUCACCCCUACGGCGGUGAUUCAGGUGACAAAUCUGUCCUCUGCGGUGACGAGCGAGCAGAUGCGGACGCUUUUUUCCUUCCUAGGAGAAAUCGAGGAGCUGCGGCUCUACCCGCCCGACAACGCACCUCUUGCUUUUUCUUCCAAAGUAUGUUAUGUUAAGUUUCGUGAUCCAUCAAGUGUUGGUGUGGCCCAGCAUCUAACUAACACGGUUUUUAUUGACAGAGCUCUGAUAGUUGUUCCUUGUGCGGAAGUGAUGCAGCCAACACGAACGGUUGUCAUGUGUAACACAACUUUCGAUCACCGCGAAAACACCGUCCUGGAAAAGCGUCCAUGCUUGAUAUCGUUUGGUUCAUGAACAUUAAGUUUCCAGUACAGGUAAAAUCCCAGAGGAAGCCAAAGCCCUCUCUUUAUUGGCUCCUGCUCCAACCAUGACAAGUCUGAUGCCUGGUGCAGGCUUGCUUCCCAUACCAACUCCAAAUCCCUUAACUACACUGGGCGUUUCCCUUAGCAGUUUGGGAGCCAUACCAGCAGCAGCGCUAGACCCCAACAUUGCAACCCUUGGAGAGAUACCACAGCCACCGCUUAUGGGGAAUGUGGAUCCUUCUAAAAUUGAUGAAAUUAGGAGAACAGUCUAUGUUGGCAAUUUGAAUUCCCAGACAACCACAGCUGACCAGCUACUUGAAUUUUUUAAACAAGUUGGAGAAGUGAAGUUUGUUCGGAUGGCAGGUGAUGAGACUCAGCCAACUCGGUUUGCUUUUGUGGAAUUUGCAGACCAAAAUUCUGUACCAAGGGCCCUUGCUUUUAAUGGAGUUAUGUUUGGAGACAGGCCACUGAAAAUAAAUCACUCCAACAAUGCAAUAGUAAAACCCCCUGAGAUGACACCUCAGGCUGCAGCUAAGGAGUUAGAAGAAGUAAUGAAGCGAGUACGAGAGGCUCAGUCCUUUAUCUCAGCAGCUAUCGAACCAGAGUCUGGAAAGAGCAAUGAAAGAAAAGGCGGUCGAUCUCGUUCCCACACUCGUUCAAAAUCCAGGUCUAGCUCAAAAUCCCGUUCUCGAAGGAAAAGGUCACAGUCAAAACACAGGAGUAGAUCCCACAAUAGAUCACGUUCAAGACAAAAAGAUAGACGUAGAUCUAAGAGCCCUCAUAAAAAACGCUCUAAAUCAAGGGAGAGGCGAAAGUCAAGGAGUCGCUCACGUUCACGGGACAAAAGAAAAGAUACCCGAGAAAAAAUCAAGGAAAAGGAAAGAGUGAAAGAAAAAGAUAGAGAAAAGGAAAGGGAAAAAGAGAGAGACAGGGAAAAGGAACGUGAAAAAGAAAAGGAACGGGGUAAAAACAAAGAUAAAGACCGAGAUAAAGAACGGGAAAAGGACCGAGAUAAAGACAAGGACAAAGAGAAGGACAAAGAGAGAGAGCGGGACAAAGACCAUGAAAAGGAACGAGACAAAGAAAAGGAGAAGGAACAAGACAAAGAAAAGGAACGAGAAAAGGACAGAUCCAAAGAGAUAGAUGAGAAAAGAAAGAAGGAUAAAAAGUCCAGAACACCACCCAGAAGUUACAAUGCAUCAAGAAGAUCUCGUAGUUCCAGCAGGGAAAGGCGUAGGAGGAGGAGCAGGAGUUCUUCCAGAUCACCAAGAACAUCAAAAACCAUAAAAAGGAAAUCUUCUAGGUCUCCAUCCCCCAGGAGCAGAAAUAAGAAGGAUAAAAAGAGAGAAAAAGAAAGGGACCACAUCAGUGAAAGAAGAGAGAGAGAACGUUCAGCUUCUACAAGAAAGAGCUCUAAUGACAGAGAAGGGAAGGACAAGGUAGAGAAGAACAAUACUUCACUUAAAGAGAAGGAGCACAAUAAAGAACCAGAUUCAAGUGUGGGCAAAGAAGCAGAAGACAAGGAUGCACCAAGGACUGAGGAAAGCAAAGUGCAGCAGAAUGGGAGUUGUCAGCCCAACGAGGAAAACCUCUCUGCCAAAGCGGAAGCGGUAUAGGCCCGGCAGACGCACCUGAACACACGCUGGGAUAGAAUCCAGAGCUUUUCAUUCUCUCAACAAGAUGUUAGACUGGAGACACCCAGUAGAGCAUAAAGAUACGAGCUAACGGCUUUUCUAGUUGUUAGGUGACUUUGUGGCCAUCUUGUUACUGAGUAAGAAAACAAAGCAUGGACAUCAUGAAAAUAACAGGUGUGACCCAAACUCCUCAUCUUCUGAAAUCUGUGCAUCUCCAUGGUGGCUGACACAGGUGUCAUGUGGUUUGUUAGUGUUUGCCAAGAACUGUUACAAAUAAAUGGGACAUUAAAGAUCUAAAUUUGUUAUAGUAUCCUUGAAGACUGGAGAUAAGCUUUGGAGGCUCUUUUAAGAAAUGCUAGAAACUGAUUUUGUAUUAUUUUACUUUUUUUUUAAUUUCAAUAUAUACAGAUUGAUAAUGUGCUUGAAAUCGGUGCAAAUAUGUACACACCCUUGUAAGUGCAGAGUUUGUAAGAAGUUUUAACAUUUACUUCACAGGAUUUAUAGUGAUUGUGUUAAAUUCUCACUAUUGUGUUUUCUUUUGCUGGCAGUUUAGGACAGUGGUUUUUCUUUAAAAUAAUUUUACAGAUUAAAGUUGCUUAAAUAAGUGGAUUACAAACCAACUGACAAUGCAUGCUACUGUUCUCUUUUUAAAGGAAGAACAACUGUGUUGAAUACUAAUGACAUAUUAGUAUUCAGUGUUUAGAAUCAUUGGGUCUCCCCACAUAGUAAGCAUUUCUUUUUGAACUUUCUUGACAUUUCCGAGCUUAUUAUGAACAAUAUUGCAGUGUGUGUUGUCAGCUGUAGGUGGUAAGGUGCCAUUUAUAAAAAGAAAGCUGGGUUUUCAAAAUGGGCUAUGGGAGCACAAGCUGAAGCUUUAGUGCCUUCUACAAUGUGGUAUACUGUUUUCUAGAAUUUUAUAUGAGCAGGUCAUUCUCAAUUCAUAUGGAAUUUAGAUGGGUAUUCCAUUCCCUCCCAUAGAAAAGUGUGAAAGUGAUAUGUCAGAAGAGCUUCUUACUUACCUAAUAUGAGAGGGAAGUCUGUUUUUAAGAAUGACUUUAGCGCUUAAACAACAGUGCAGUUUUGGGACCAUCAGUUUUAUACUGUGAUAAUUGAAAAUGAAGCAGCAUGUUCUUAUUUUACUUAAAGCAAGACCCUUUAGUUGUCUACAUUGGAUGGCCUUAAUUAUUACCUCUCAAUCAUCUUCUCAUAAAUGAUGUGCUGAAAUUGUGCUUAAGGAGAGUACAUGCGGUUAUUUGUUUUAUGUGUAAAGUAUGUUUACUUAAGCUUAAAAUAUAGGUCAUCCUACAUUGUUAGGCACACUUUUUGCAGAAAGUAUGCAAGUAGUAAAAUGACAACAUUGCUAAUACUUUCCCCCAAACCACAACUUAUAUUUCAGAACUCUUUUCAUUGUUAUAUUUCAAAAUGUUAUGCCUUUUAAUUAGCAUGUUACUUAAAAAAAAAUCAAGUAUAAUUAUUUUAAUGCAGUCUAAUACAAUCAAAUUACUCAGUUGCCUUACCUCAUGGGAAGAGUACUUAUGGAUUUAAAGAGCUGAGUAACACAUCAGUUACUUGGUUUCAACUUGAGUUUUCUUUUAAUGUUAAUACUAUUGAAACUUAAGUAUUUGGCGGAGAAUGGAAGGAAUUGCCCUAAUUGCAAAUAAUGAAGCCUGGUUUGAUUAUGAAGCUGCUUAACUACUCUUCAUGUGUUCACAAUUACUGUGUUUUUUUUUUCUCUUUGUCACUAUGUACAUUAAAAUUUUUGAAAAUGCUUUACUAUGUAAAGUAUAGAUGGUCAUUUUAAUCAUUCAACCACAUACGGUUGGCUGGUAAACAGCUUAUUUUGAUACAGGAAUGCUUGGGUGCAUAUGGAAAGAUUGAAGGAGUGUGUGUCUUGCAUCAAAGCUUCUUAUUUAUGAUAUGUAAGUAGAAUAGAACAAAUGUUGUUUGAAUCUUUGUUAUUUUUAGUACCAUUUCUCUAAUAAAGCUAAGUAUUUUAGAGGAAAAUAUUUGUUUAUGCAUUUCAAAACAGCAUCUUAGGUUUAUCCUGUUCUUGUUUUAGUUGGCAUAGCUAUGGAGAUUGUUUUGGUAUGCAUGUUUGUGUGGUGUCUAUAAAGCAGUCAUUUAAAGUUUUGAGUAUUUUCUUGUA